CUGCUCACAGGCCAAGUAACAGGCGGCGGUGUCAGGCGUUCGGCCUUUCUAAGAUUUCCACAUUGAACUUAUGCUCUUUGCACAGUUUAAAUUGUAGGCGCCAAAAUGAGCGAUGGUACUGUGACUGAAAGCAGUAUUACUGGAACUUGCCGCAUGUUGAAGGAUUUUGAAGAAAGGCUGUCUAAAUGCGCAGUCGAUAAGAAUGAAAUUGCAGCAGUUCAUCUGUUGAUGAAGGACUGUUUUACAAAUAUUUCUGAUGGCAAUGUACCCACAGAAGCUGACCUGGGACAGUGGGAGAUCCUGAAAGCCGAAGAAACAAAUGGCGUAACUUUUGAAGAUGAUCCCCUAUAUUUAUGUAAUGAUACUGCAGUUAUAGAAAUGGAAAUUAAAUUAGUGAAAGAAGAAAGAGAUGAAAAUCUUGAAGUGUAUGAUGAAAUAGAGUGGACUUUGAAUGAGGAGCUGAAAGAAUUAAAAACGUUUCUGAGCCAGCUGGAGCAAAAUGAAUUAGACUCCAAGGGAUUAUAUGAAAAGGCAUUGGAGAAAUAUGAAGAGAAUUUAGAAAAUGCAUUUAUUACAAAUUUCAAAGUUAUUGAUGAGUUAAAAAACGUCCCUGGAAGAAUUAUACUGGAUCAAUAUUUGUGUGAAUCACCGCUUUUAGCAUUGAAAGAGAAGAUUGACUGUUUUCUUGAAACUUUUAAUUUUCACCUAAGAAAUCAUUUUAUAGAAGCAGCAAAGACUAAUGGAGCAGAAAGAUGUAGAAAUGUUAUUGUUGAACAGAGAAUACUUGAAGCAAGGCUUUCAGCGACUUUGUAUAAGAACGGUGUCCUCGAGUGUUUGCUAAAGGGACAAGAAGCAGCAGUUUCUCAUACAAUGACAAUGGCUGAUGCCAUUGGAAACGGUGUUAGGACAUUAUUAACAACAAACAUAAAGAAGGAACUGGCUACAUUGAAAAACAUUAAAACAGCUGAAGAUAUAAUAUCAGAUUUCAAGACUGAUCUCAUUUCUUUGUCACAGAUGUCUGCUAAUGUUAAACAAUUGAAGCACAUAUUAACAAUGUGUAAUUCAAAAUAUAAUCGUGUAAAUUACUGGUUAUUGCAAACGGAGAAAUGGGCGGAUUGCAUAAAAUUGGAAAAGAAGUUAAUAAAUGCUGUUUUGCAUGUACUUCAUUCCGAAAAGGAAGAACCCAAUAAAGUUUUGUGUUUCCUUAAAGAUUUUGGAACAUAUCUGAAAAGAGAACAUGACAGUGUUAUGUGUAGAACAGCUUUCAUGCACACCCAAUUGCUAAACCCUAUGGAAGAUGAUAUGUUACACAGUGUACUUGUAAACAUAUUAGGUCAGAUUUCAGUUGACAAGGGCAUUUCCACAAAACUGUCAUGGAGGGAAUUGAAAGAAGCUGUCAUAAAUAUUAAAAAAGCAACCGUUUGGAAGCAGAAUAACUUUUUCCAGUCAUUUAAGAAGAAGAGACAUAUUUUAUUUGAAAAUGAUAAUUUGUUUAAAUUAAUCAAUGGUCUUAAAAGGGAGUCUGGAUUAAAUUAUUCACAAAUAAAUAUAAAUGCACACCAGCAGAGAUUGAGUGAUUCCGAAAAUGCUCUUUGUGCAAUAAAUCAAGAUUUUAUAAAGAAACAAGCCAGAAGUUUUCACACAGGCUGCAUUACGGCCAAGAAAUGGAUGAAAGUGAGCAAUUGGAGAACACUUUAUCAACAAAUUAUUUUAUGAAGCAUAGACGACUGUUGUGGGUCUACAUUCUCUGCAACCAAGAAAAGUUAGCAGAAGUCUUAUCACAUGUUAAUGAACAUUUGCCAGAUGUUUGAAAGUAAUUUCCUGUAAGGAGGGUGAGUCUUCCUGGCCGCAAGUAACUAGUAAAAUGUUUCAGUGCUGUGUGUUGAUAGUGUAAAAUAUGUCAACCGUGAUUAGGUGUCCAAGAAACAUUUUUGUGUUUCAGUAAUAUAAUUAAAUCAAUUUAAUUGUCAUUGUAUAAGUAACAUUUUACAUAAAAAAAAAUACUCAAAGGAACGCAGUAAAUUGUAAGAUGCUUUUAUUCAUGAUGAUUUAUAAGUGUGUGGAAGUAUUUUCUAUAGAGCAAAGUUGCUCAUGUAGAAUUUACA